GUCAGUACGCACCACGCUAGUGAUACUGGCUGUACACGAAAGUUCAUUUCAUAAAAGUGAUUAUGCCUUUGCUUUCCACUUCCGUCUUGGCGCACCUAUGAUGUAACUAUACCAGUGACUCUUAAAACUACUAAAGAGGCCAAUGUACAAUAAACUUUCAGUGUUACUCCUGAGAGUAAAGCACUUCGUUCAAAAUCAGACUCAGUGCUCAAGCCUCAGUGAGACAGCCUUCAGUACCAAAUAAGCGAUGAUCUGGAGAAGGAGAAGGACUUGCCUCCCGGUUCUCUUACUCUUGACCCUCAGCUUCGUCAGCGUAGUUCUCGUCUUCAGGUUUUUAAGUCACACACAGCAGGACAAGACAGAAGCACUGCUUUGGAAGGAGUUUCCCCGCAGCCCCAGGAGGACGCCCCUGAAAGAUGGAUCGUCCCGAGUGACCUGCCUGGUGGUGACUUCCCCGGGGCACCACGAGGACCGCGCCCGGCACCAGGGGGCUGCUUGGAGGGACCCCCGGCCGCCCACACCCUGCCCAAAAACCUUUUUCCUUUCCUCCGCCACCCACCCCGAUCUCCCCAACGUUAUACUCUCCAACUACACGGGGUACGAGGACCUGUGGGGCAAAGUACUGCACGGGCUGAGGGCGGUGGACGCGGCCUCGGCGCAGUGGUUCCUCAAGGCCGACGACGACACCUUCCUUCUGUACCCUCGCCUCCUCGAUCUCCUCGGCGAGUUCGACUCCUCCGUGUCGCUCUUCCUCGGCCUGCCGUUGGUGUUUACGGACGAAUCUCGCUCCCUGCGGGUGGAGUACAUGUCCGGCGGCGCUGGCUACGUCCUCAGCAGCCCCGCCGUCAGACUGCUACAGAAAACCCUUCUGCAGGAGUGCCAUCUGCCGGGCCUCACCUCCUAUGAGGACGUCAACAUGGGUGCCUGUAUGGCGGCUCUAGGUGUGAGGACGGGAGACACGCGAGACGCUCUGGGACGAGCCAGGUUCCUGCCGUAUCCUCCUUGGGUCCUCAUGCGAGAGGACCUCCAGCACCAGCCAGGCUACUCGUGGCUCCAAAGGAUGUCCAAGUUUCCUUUCAACUUUGGCAUCGAGCACAUGAGUGACCGGUCGUCAGCUUCCACGAGGUCCGGGACCCUAGGGACUUCUACGCCCUCCAGUACCUGACCAGCGACUUGAAGGUUCUUCCUGAAGGCGCAGAUUCUCCCUUUACGCUUCCAGAGGGGUGAUUUCCAAUUAAUAUAUAUUUCUAUUUACUUUUGUGCGAAUUAUUCUAGUAUGAUAGUCUCGAAAACGAAAUAUUUUUUAUACUUAUGAAGCCAAUAAUGAAGCCAGUAAGGACAAAAUAGUGAAGUCAUUGUAUUUCGAACCAUGCGUGUAGAGAUUGAUUUAACACGUUAUUAUAUAGUUACCCCUUUACCUCUUCCAUUUUCUUCGGAGAUGUGAAUAAUAACGAUGGGAAUCCUGAAAUAUUUUGCAAAGAUAUGAAAAUUACCAAUUUUAUAUUUUAAAAAAAUGCUACAGUCUAAUGAAUGAUAAUCAAUUUUGUGCAUUUCGUUUAAGGAUGUGUCCUUAUUCUGGUUGAACGAUGUGAUAUUUGUGUAGUUUAUUAUACAAAUAAAUAUAAG